GUUACUCUGUGUGCAGUGCAAGAUUUGUAAAAGAGUCACAACAACAGCGUUUAUUUUAUUCGCAUUAUUAAUUUAAAAUGGCAUCAGCAGAGGUUGAGCCACCUCCUGGUGACGAAAAUGAUGACAAUUGGUUGUAUGGGGAUCCAAAUUCAGAACAAGUUGGUGAGAAGCCUACAGAGGAAAGCGAGAACAAGGCUGAAGAGAAAGAUGCCGGGGACGAGGAUACUAACAAUGAUGGUAAAGAGCAAGACGAAGACGAGGAUGGCAACAACGAUGACUCGCACUUUAACGACGAGCACUUCGCGGAGGUGGCGCGCGACGAGGCCGAGCCCGCCGCGGACGACAGUCAGGACAACGGGGACUCUGACUCAGAUGACAGCGAUGACAUCAAAGUCACUAUAGGAGACAUAAAGUCUGGUCCUCAAUAUGCCAGCCUGAAUAUUAAGAGAGGAGUGGCGGUGGUGCCCGGGGGAGGGGACAAGACCCGCACGGGCCCCAUGGCUGGGGGCAAGGUGACACUGGAGGACCUAGACGGACCUGGCAGCAUCAACGGAGUGCCCGCCAUGGAGUUCAACAUUGACACCAUUGAAGACAAGCCAUGGAACAAACCUGGAGCUGAUCUGUCAGACUACUUCAACUACGGGUUCAACGAGGUGACGUGGAGCGCGUACUGCGACCGGCAGCGGCGCAUGCGCGUGCACGAGGCGGGCGUGGGCAUGCUGCACGCGCCGCGCCCGCCGCCGCCGCAGCGGCCCCCGCCGUCUGCUGGACCUAUUGUUGGAUAUUGCGAUGGUCCGAUGCGGCCGGACGAAGGGAUGCCUCCACCAAACAAUUAUCAACAAAGGGAGAACACCAUUCAGGUAAUGACGGCGGAGCGGCGCGAGUACCUGCGGCCGCUGGGCCCGCCGGGCGCGCCGGAGUACUUCCCGCCGCCCGCGCCCGACGCCUACUACCCGCCGCACCAGCCCUACGAGGAGCCUAACUGGGGCCAACCGCCCAACCCGGGCUGGACGCCCACCGAGAUCAAGGAGCUGACCCCGGGCCCGGGGCCCAUGGGCCCGCCGCCGGGGCUGGCGCCGCCGCACAUGCCGCCGCACAUGCUGCCCGCGCCGCCCUACGCCGCGCACCCCCCCUACCGCCCGCACCUACCCCCGCAUCUGCACGAGCGUGAGAGGGAAAGGGAGCGGGAGAGGGAGCGCGAGAGGGAACGGGAGAGGGAUAGGGAGCGGGACAGGGAUAGGAUGAGGGAGGAGCGGCACCGCGAUAGAAGAGAUGAUGAGGAGCGGGAAAGAGACAGAGACCGUGAAAGAUCGCGCUCCAUCAAACCGGACCGCAUUAGAGAAAAGUCGUACCGGCGCGAGCGGUCAAGGUCGCGGUCGCGGCGCCACAAGUCGCGCUCGCGGUCGCCGCGGAUGCGCGAGCGAGACCGCUCUCGCGACCGAGAGACCCGUGAUCGAGAGACCCGUGAUCGAGAGACCCGUGACCGAGAGACUCGUGAGCGGGAGACGCGCGAGCGAGACACGAGGGACCGCUCCAGAGAUCGCUCCCGAGACCGCGACCGCUCUCGGGACCGCGACAGAGAACGCAGUGUCAAACCCAAGAUCAAAGAACCCAAGGAGAAAGAGGAAAAGGAUUGAUUCCAGUUAUGUAGGUUCGUUUUAAGGAAUAAAUAUUGAUAAGUUA